AUGAGGUUGCAGGCAAGACGAGGAGUUGACUGGGCCCUGGAAGGCAGCGGCAGGCUACACCUCAGCGUCCUGUGCCUCCUUCUGGAAGUUUCCCUCGUCAUAUCACAAUGUCCAUGGCUCAAAGAGGUCUCCGAGCUUGACGGGGCGUGCGUGUGUGCUCUCAACGUGCGCAACCAGCUAUCGAUCCAGUGCACGGCCGUAGAUUUUGCACUGUUGAUGACGGUGCUUCAACAGUGGGACUCAGCGCCGCCUCUCAGCCUACUUUACGUUAAGAAUACCACCAUCACAACUCUCAAAGAGAACGUCUUCCAUGGGCUCACCAUUGAGAAACUUCAGGUGUCGUGGUGUGGCCUCCACAGCAUCAGUGGAGGCGCGUUCUCGGGGUUGGAGGAGGCCCUGGCCAACCUCAACCUCCAGGGCAACAGUCUGGAGGCUGUGCCCACGGCGGCCCUCACACGCCUCCACAACCUCCACUCUCUCGACCUCUCUGGCAACCUCCUCACCUCUGUUCCAGACGACGCCUUCAAGGGCCUUCACCUCUCCAUACUCAAGCUGGCCCACAACCCCCUCUCCCUCGCCCCGCGCUCCCUGGCGGGGCUGGACACCUCACUACGGAGCCUCAGCCUCAGGAACACCCAGCAGGACACGCUCCCCAGGGCCAUCCUCGCCCUCUCCGCCCUCACCUUCCUCGACCUCGCCCACAACACCAUCACCAGCCUGCAGGCAG